AUGCCAAUCUGUGUGAGUGUUAGAGUUGUUUGGCUAAAAAUCUCUCUCUCCAAUCUGGGGUCUCUCGACCGAGUCUAUGAGCCCUGGCCGCCUCCCGAUCUUGGUGGUAAGGCCGCAGCCGGACAGGGCGACGGAGAUGGCGCGGGAGAGUACGGGUGUUCCAGGGGGUCACGACGGUUGGAGUUGUCUGGUGUUGCUCUGCUAAAAAUCGGGUCGCUCCUCAUCGCAAACCCUGUCAGCAGAGUCUCCUACGGGAAUCCGCCCGGGCUCGCCCGACGCGGCCUUCUGGCCGGGCUCGCCCGGCGCGGCCUGGCGAGCGUGCGAAAGAGCAUCAAUGCCGAAUCUACCGGCCCACGCACCAUGUACGACAAGAUCUGGGACGACCACAUCGUCGAGGGCACGUCGGACGGCACCGCUCUCCUGUACAGCUAA